AUGAAGAUUUUGUCUCCCGAUGUUUCCUUCCGUGAAACAAAUGGCCUCAUUCAGAAGAUCCAUUGCGCCAGACAGUUUUCGCAGCUAUGGGGGGAGUCCGACACGAGCAUGGAUCGCAAUGACAGUACCCUGGACCCUGCCAAGGACCCGGACGAAGUCUAUGACAUGUAUGAGAGCUGGCACCAUCCCGAGUGGGCGCAGGGGGAAGAUCCAGAUGGCGCGGGCUGGUAG